AUGUCGAAUUCUCCUCAAACUACCAUGGUGAAGCCUCCACGUAAACCAAGGCAACCUUUCACACAAAAAGAAGACGAAAAGCUUAAGCAGCUUGUUGAAUCUCUCGGCGAUGCUGACUGGACAAUCAUAGCUAGGUGUAUGGAAAACAGAACCCCUCGCCAAUGCCGCGACAGAUAUAAAGAAUACCUUAUGCCAUCACUCAAUACAUCUGAUUGGACACCAGAAGAAGAUAAUAUACUUCGCCAGAAGAUUAAAGAGUACGGCAAAAAGUGGGCCAUUGUUUGCAUAUCGCUCAAUGGUCGUAGUGAGACAUCUGCUAAGAACAGAUGGCGUCUCCUUGAGAGAAGAGAAUCAAAUAUGAAAAAUGAAGCCAAGAUAGCCGAAGCUUGCUCUUCACCUGACUGCUAUGACAUCCCUCCUGUUCAACCAUAUCCACAAAUGAUUGAGCCAAUGUAUGUUCCAUAUUUCAUACCUCAGGAAAACGUAAGGUUCGAAAAAAUGAUUCAGCCUGUAAUCCCUACCUCAUUCGUAAGGGAUCCCCUUCCUCCACAGCCACCAAGAGUUAAGUUCCCCUCAUUACUCGAUAUUUGCCCGAAUUUGGUUUGUUUUUAA